AUGUUCCGCGAGGCCAACCACAAUGUGUCCGCCCCCUACGGACGCAUCACGCUCCAUGUCUUCUGGGAACUAAACUUUGACUUCCUCCCUAACUACUGCUACAACGGCUCCACCAACCGGUCAGUGGGGGGUGGGAUCAUUUUUGGUAGUCUUGGAAAUGUUCACAAGCUUACAGUUAUUUGCAGGUCUACCAAAACAUCGCUCAGGUUCAGCGGUUGGUUAUCUAUAUUCCAUUUAGUCAUUACCUAAGUGGACUCAUGACCCCUGACCUCUAGCUCAUUCUCUGUGUCCUCAGCUUCGUGCGGACUGCCAUCCCCUUUACCCAGGAGCCUCAGCGAGACAAGCCGGCCAACGUGCAGCCGUACUACCUGUAUGGGUCUAAGGUAUGUACUGUAUGCUAUUUGGAUACAAUUAUAUAAAUGAGAAGAUUUUGUACCUAUUUUGAGAGCAUGUUUCUGAUGUAGUUUUCUCUCCCCCCCCAGCCUCUGAACAUUGCCUACUCCCACAUCUAUAGCUCUUACAGGAACUUCGUAGGCCCGCCCCACUUCAAGACCAUCUGCCGUCUCCUUGGUUACCAGGGCAUCGCCGUGGUGAUGGAGGAACUGCUCAAGAUAGUCAAGAGCCUGGUAUUAUGGGCUAUUUGUCUCUUUUACUGAAUGUACUCAUACAUAGCAGUCUCUGUUAAAAACAGUAUAUCUGACUAAUCGCCUCUCCUCUCCUCUUUUUACCCUCUCCCUCUCCCUCCCCUCCCCUCCCCUCCCCUCCCCUCCCCCUCUCCUCUCCCUCUCUCUCCCCUAUUCCCCCCUCCCCUCUACCUCCCCUCCCCUCUCCCUCUCCCCUCCUCUCCUCUUUUUACCCUCUCCCUCUACCCUCUCCCUCUUCUGUUCCCCCUCUAGUUGCAGGGCACUAUCCUGCAGUAUGUGAAGACUCUGAUUGAGGUAAUGCCCAAGAUCUGUCGCCUGCCGCGCCACGAGUACGGAUCCCCAGGUCGGUUGAUGGUAGUGGAGGUAGUUUAGUGAACCUACAGCAAAUGUAUAGGCUUUAGCUCAGAGAGCUAACACAGCCAUGACUCAUACAGACAACCCAGGUUCGAAACCCGGUCAGUCCCAGACAGUAACACUUCCUGUUGUUGUCCCAUCAGAUUAUAGUCCUCUGACAGAUCAGAUGAGAUAUGAUGGAUUAGCAUUUCUCUCUAUGAGCAGGGAUAAUAUGCUAUUUAGAUUAGUGGUGUUCUGUACCGUAACAGACUACUGGACUUCCUGUAUGCCUGAUCUCUGUCAGCACUUCCUGAUCCUCCUAGAACUAUAGCUCCUGUUUCAGCUGCUGCACAUUCCAGACAGGCAGGAUGGGGGUCAUAGAGACCACAGUGAUGGUCACCAUGACGCAGUUCAUAAUCCUACCAUACCUGGAUGUUCAGGGAUCCCAUCAUGAUACUGAUGUUUGUUUAUCAGUGAAGAACAGUCCCUUUCAUAGUAUUUAACUCCAUGUGAUCGGAUCUGGAUCUGUUGUUUUAACAUUCAACUAUUUAAACUUUGAAGAUGUAACUUUUAACUGUGUUCUGGCCUCUUAUAAUCUCCACCCAGCACAGCCAGAAGAGGACUGGCCACCCCUCAGAGCCUGGUUCCUCUCUAGGUUUCUUCCUAUGUUCCUACCUUCUAGGGAGUUUUUCUUAGCCACUGUGCUUCUGCAUCUGCAUUGCUUGCUCUUUGGGGUAUUAGGCUGGGUAUCUGUAAAGCACUUUGUUUUCUGUUUUCACUGCUGAUGUAAAAAGGGCUUUAUAAAAUACAUUUGAUUGAUUCUCCUUCCCUGCCAGGUAUCCUGGAGUUCUUCCACCACCAGCUGAAGGACAUUAUAGAGUACGCUGAGCUGAAGACUGAUGUCUUCCAGAGUCUCAGGGAGGUGGGGAACGCCAUCCUCUUCUGUCUGCUCAUCGAACAAGCUCUGGUGAGUCCCUCCUUCUCUUCUCCUCUUUCACUUCUAUUCCUUCCUCUCCUCUGUUCUGUCCUUCCCUCCUUUCCCCACCCUCUUCUGCUUCACCUGUAUCCCUCCUUUCCUCUCCCCUCUUCCUCCCAUUUCUGCUUUCUCUUCUCGUAUUCUCUCUCUCUCUCUCUCUCUCUCUCUCUCUCUCUCUCUCUCUCUCUCUCUCAGGGUCACCUUUGCAUGCUCAGAAAGAGGGACUGCUACUUGUCAGGCUAUUUCUCCACCUUUGGUUUUCUGUCUGGUUGAAUAUAUCUGUUUAUCUCCGUCUCAAUAAAGUUUCACCCUCCAGAAAUGUUGAUAUUGACUGUAUCUGAAUUGCAACUCUAUUCUUUAUUACACGCUGGCAAACUUCCACAGGUGGUAAGAAUCUAGGUCUUGUCUUUGGUAACAAACACACACCCUGACUGAUCUCCAUCUCUCUCUCUCUCUCUCUGUUGGUUUGGGCUGCCACACACCCUGACUGAUCUCCAUCUCUCUCUCUCUCUCUCUCUCUGUUGGUUUGGGCUGCCACACACUGACUGAUCUCCAUCUAUCUCUCUCUCUCUCUGUUGGUUUGGGCUGCCACACACCCUGACUGAUCUCCAUCUAUAUCUCUCUCUCUCUCUGUUGGUUUGGGCUGCCACACACCCUGACUGAACUCCAUCUCUCUCUCUCUCUCUCUCUCUCUCUCUCUCUCUCUCUCUCUCUCUCUCUCUCUCUCUCUCUCUCUCUCUCUCUCUCUCUCUCUCUCUCUCUCUCUCUCUCUCUCUCUCUCUCUCUCUCUCUCUCUCUUUCUCUCUCUGUUGGUUUGGGCUGCCACAUACCCUGACUGAUCUCCAUCUCUCUCUCUCUCUCUGUUGGUUUUGGGCUGCCACAUUCCCUGACUGAUCUCCUCUCUCUCUCUCUCUCUCUCUCUCUCUCUCUCUCUCUCUCUCUCUCUCUCUCUCUCUCUCUCUCUCUCUUUCUCUCUCUCUCUUUUGGCUUGGGCUGCCACACACCCUGACUGAUCUCCAUCUCUCUCUCUCUCUCUGUUGGUUUGGGCUGCCACACACCCUGACUGAUCUCCAUCUCUCUCUCUCUCUCUGUUGGUUUGGGCUGCCACACACCCUGACUGAUCUCCAUCUCUCUCUCUCUCUCUGUUGGUUUGGGCUGCUGUGUUUCUCUGCUUUUGUAUUCACCAUCUUACUUUGACACACAAAGUUUUACCUCCGGAGGACCAUGAAAGCCAAGGAUUGAAACUAAAAAUAAUUUAAAGAAAUAAAGAACAUCCAAGAUUGCAAUCAUUAUUCUAUGAUUGGAAAUAAAUGGAUAAUAAAAAGUGAUUAUCUUAAAGUAUCUCUCCAUGUCCUUGGCUCCCAUGGUAGAGGUGACCUGUGUGUUUCUGGGUGGCUGUCUGUAAAGUAUGUGCUCAACUUCUGCCUCCAUACUCUCUGCCAACACUGGGUUCUCUGUCAACGCUGACUGUCCCUCUUUAUACCCUCUGGUCUGUCUGUCUGUCUGUCUGUCUGUUUCACCCUCUGACUGCGUCGGUGUGUGUAUAGUGUGUGUUUGUACUGGCUGAUCAUUGCAUGCAGAUUAUUCUGUCUUCCAUAGUCUUUUAGGCGAGGUUUCCUGAUCUGGAUCUCUUGUAGUUUGCAGAUUUUCUUUGUUCUGUUUGUUCUAACACCACCAGUUUAACCAUGAGUUUAGUUCCAUAUUCCAGCCAUUCCUAUUGGUUAGCCAGACCUGAGUGACAGUAGCCUGUAAUGUGACCAGAGGUUAGGCCAGACCUAUGACACGUCAGACCAGUGUGAUGUACUGUACAUAGUGCACGAGUCAUACACACUGGGUUAUCUCAUCAUAACUGUAGUAGCCUACUACUCACUUAUCUUAUCUACCUCUGACUCCCCCUCUUACUAAUGAGUUUAACACCUCCCUCCCUUCCGUCACCACUAACCACCCCAUGUAGUGUAGAUGUGUCCAGGAGAGAUGUUGGCUGUUGUUCAAUAUCACCUCUCUCUGCCUCUCUCUCUGCCUCUCUCUGUCUGUGUGUGUUAACCACAGUCCCAGGAGGAGGUGUGUGACCUGCUUCAUGCAGCCCCCUUCCAGAACAUCCUCCCCAGGGUCUACAUCAAAGGUAUGUGAUCCAGGACCAGGUGUGUGGAUCCAGAUGUAGAUCAAGGUGGAUGGGUGGGAAAGGCAGUCAAUAUUGUAAUGCAUAUCUGACUGAUGUGGUUGGUGUAGUAACGUGUGUGUGUGUGUGUGUGUGUGUGUGUGUGUAGAGGGGGAGCGUCUGGAAGUCAGGAUGAAGAGGCUGGAGGCUAAAUAUGCUCCUCUCCACCUGGUGCCCCUCAUCGAGAGGCUGGGGACCCCUCAGGUCAGCUCUACCUUCUUGCCAUUGCCAUCCAUACCUUAUCACCUGGCUCUCUGUCCUGACCCACAGCCAGUAGACAGUUUCAGCAAUCUUGGUUUGAAAUGUAGAAUUUGAAAGGGCAGCCAUAUUGGCACCAAAGUUCCAAGACAAGUACAUUUUCCCUAUUUUAUCUUCUCCUCCUUACUUCAUGUUCUCCUUCCUUACUUCCUUCCUUCCUUCCUCUUCUAUUUCCAUCUCCUAAUGUGUCCUUUCCUCCUCUUUUUCAGCAAAUAGCCAUAGCCCGUGAGGGGGAUCUGUUGACCAAGGAGCGUCUUUGCUGUGGCUUGUCCAUGUUCGAGGUGAUCCUUACAAGGAUCCGUAGUUUCCUGCAGGACGCUGUGUGGCGAGGCCCGCCCCCCACCAACGGCGUGAUGCACGUUGACGAGUGUAUGGAGUUCCACCGCCUCUGGAGCGCCAUGCAGUUUGUUUACUGCAUCCCCGUCGGCACUCACGAGUUCACCGCAGAGUGAGUUACUGUAGGGGGCAUGGCAACGUACACACACAGUAAGGAGUGAGUUACUGUAGGGGGCAUGGCAACGUACACUCACAGUAAGGAGUGAGUUACUGUAGGGGGCAUGGCAACGUACACACACAGUAAGGAGUGAGUUACUGUAGGGGGCAUGGCAACGUACACACACAGUAAGGAGUGAGUUACUGUAGGGGGCAUGGCAACGUACACACACAGUAAGGAGUGAGUUACUGUAGCGGGCAUGGCAACGUACACACACAGUAAGGAGUGAGUUUACUGUAGGGGGCAUGGCAACGUACACACACAGUAAGGAGUGAGUUACUGUAGGGGGCAUGGCAACGUACACACACAGUAAGGAGUGAGUUACUGUAGGGGGCAUGGCAACGUACACACACAGUAAGGAGUGAGUUACUGUAGGGGGCAUGGCAACGUACACACACAGUAAGGAGUGAGUUACUGUAGGGGGCAUGGCAGCGUACUCACACAGUAAGGAGUGAGUUACUGUAGGGGGCAUGGCAACGUACACACACAGUAAGGAGUGAGUUACUGUAGGGGGCAUGGCAACGUACACACACAGUAAGGAGUGAGUUACUGUAGGGGGGCAUGGCAACGUACACACACAGUAAGGAGUGAGUUACUGUUACUGUAGGGGCAUGGCAACGUACACACACAGUAAGGAGUGAGUUACUGUAGGGGGCAUGGCAACGUACACACACAGUAAGGAGUGAGUUACUGUAGGGGGCAUGGCAACGUACACACACAGUAAGGAGUGAGUUACUGUAGGGGGCAUGGCAACGUACACACACAGUAAGGAGUGAGUUACUGUAGGGGGCAUGGCAACGUACACACACAGUAAGGAGUGAGUUACUGUAGGGGGCAUGGCAACGUACACACACAGUAAGGAGUGAGUUACUGUAGGGGGCAUGGCAACGUACACACACAGUAAGGAGUGAGUUACUGUAGGGGGCAUGGCAACGUACACACACAGUAAGGAGUGAGUUACUGUAGGGGGCAUGGCAACGUACACACACAGUAAGGAGUGAGUUACUGUAGGGGGCAUGGCAACGUACACACACAGUAAGGAGUGAGUUACUGUAGGGGGCAUGGCAACGUACACUCACUCACACACACAGUAAGGAGUGAGUUACUGUAGGGGGCAUGGCAACGUACACUCACUCACACACACAGUAAGGAGUGAGUUACUGUAGGGGGCAUGGCAACGUACACUCACUCACACACACAGUAAGGAGUGAGUUACUGUAGCCCUCUCAGGGCACCAAAGAGUUUACUGCAGAUAUACAGUAGUAGAUAAACCAAUCAAUAUUCAAUCAAUCAAUCAAGCUUGAUUUGUAAAGCGUUUUCUACAAAUACAAAGUACUGACUAAGUUAGUAACCGUAACCCGUCCCUGUGUGUGUCCUCUGCAGGCAGUGUUUUGGUGACGGGCUGAACUGGGCAGGCUGCUCCAUCAUCGUGCUGUUGGGUCAGCAGCGCCGCUUCGACCUGUUUGACUUCUGCUACCACCUGCUCAAGGUGCAGAGGCAGGACGGCAAGGACGAGAUCAUCAAGAACGUGGUGGGUACACACCAUCGCUACGCUCAGAUCUACACCGUUUUAACCAGCAUGCUAACACAGAAAUAAGAUGCCAGAAUGGAUUUAGGGCACAGGAGGUAUUAGCACCUUAAUUGGGGAGGACGGGCUCGUGGUAAUGACUGGAGCGGAAUAAGUGGAAUGGUAUCAAAUACAUCAAACACAUGGUUUCCAUGUGUUUGAUGCCAUUCCAUUGGCGCCGUUCCAGCCAUUAUUAUGAGCUGUCCUCCCCUCAGCAGACUCCACUGAUUUAGGGAUAUGUCAACUGCUGGAUUGAUAUGAGGAGAGGAAGCUCACUAUCUUUAUUGUGCCAAGUCCUUGGUUACUACAAUCCUGGUCAGUGGUUUUAAUUAUAUCAUGCAAUUCAAACCCUCACCCUCUCUCGCUCUCUCUCUCUCUCUCUCUCUCUCUCUCUCUGUCUCACUGUCUCUCUCUCUCUCACACUCUCUCUCUCUCACACUCUCUCUGUCUCACUGUCUCUCUCUCUCUCACACUCUCUCUCUCUCUCACACUCUCUCUCUCUCUCACACUCUCUCUCUCUGUCUCUCUCUCUCUCUCUCUCUCUCUCUCUCUCGCUCUCCCUCCCUCCACAGCCGCUGAAGAAGAUGGCUGAUCGGAUCAGGAAGUACCAGAUCCUGAACAACGAGAUCUUUGCCAUCCUCAACAAGUACAUGAAAGCUGUGGAGAGCGAUAGUUCCACCGUGGAGCAUGUCCGCUGCUUCCAGCCACCUAUACACCAGUCCCUGGCCACAACAUGCUGAGAAGAACACACACGCUACACACACACAUACGCUACACACACACUCACACACACACACACAAGCCAUACAUGUCCCACCCACGCACACACACACAAACCCAAAUCAUCACCACACACUCUGCCUUUCUUUGGCCUUGUACUCAGACUCUCAGAGCCUUAGGAUUCCAGAGUUCUAUCUGA